AGCGAAGAUGCCCAUGAUCCUGACGGGACGAAAAGGCUCCGUGAAGUUAUUCCCCUCCUCAUGUCCUGCAACAUCUUUCCGAAAGUGGAAGAGCUUGCAUGCGAAAAAUCUAUCCUCUAUCUGGUUAAAGAUUCUGCAGCUAUGCCGCUCAACAUAGCUCCCUCUCUGGCAAUUAGAGGCAUGCGUAUGCCCGUAUCCGUUCAGUGGAACAUUGCCCCCCGGCUAUCCCAUAUCCUGCCGACGAAACAUCUGUUACUCGAGGGUGAUCUUGGUGAGUUUCCCACCCAAGAAGGUGAAGGCCUCGAGAGCUAUUCGGACAUUACCUUCAACAAGGUACACAUGAGCGAAAUUAAGAUCAUCGAUUUCAGCUCAGCCAAACUUUCAGCUUUAAGAUACAUUGGCGAGGACUGUCACCUGUUCGGCCCUGCUUGGAUGGAUCCACUGCCAGGGAUUCUUUCUAAUCUCCAAUCAUCCCGGGCAGAGUCUUUGGAGACAUUGUGUCUUGCCUUCUCCAGACCUACACUGGGAUAUACAGGGGGGCCGAAGCUUCCUUCGCUGGGUGGGCUAACAAAGUUGAAGAACCUCUGGAUUGAGUUGGGAUCUCCUGGCGAGAAUUGGAGUCUCCCGAGAUGGGAUUUUGCAAAAGUCAUGGUUUUUUGGCUGAAAGACUCUCCACGCCAGACAAUCCGCUGCGAAACGAUUACCCGCCAAAUGUGACUCACCUUCGCAUCACAGGUCUCCGACAGGACGUUGAGUUCUGGGUUGAUUAUAUGAACAACCCAAACCGGUCGGCGUGGCCAGAUUUGAAGCGUUUUGGCAUCAAGGACCAUACAUCACUGGGACAAUACGAGCAGAAUCUCAAGGGAAAAGGCAUUCAACUCUAUCUUGUAGACAAAGAUGAUGACAUCAAGGUCUGGGGAAUCAACG